CUCCAGCAGCGGCCACUGAGCAUCAGAGCGCUGAUCCUCCUCUGUGUGUCGGGAAGGCGUGCGGUGGGCUGUGCUGUCACAGAUUCACUAAACGCCGCUCGUGUUUCAUUUUCAGAGCUCCAGCUCCCAGCAGGACACACAGCUCUCCACCUCCGACCCAACAUGGGUUAGGAAGAAAGCCACCCAUGGAUUAUCCACUUUGUGCACUUCAGCGAGGAUGAUGGAGGGAGAGAUGGACUUGUUUUCGCAGAGACAUCCUGACAAAGACGGAGACUGAGAGGGAGUAGAGAUUCGGGAUUCGCUGCUUCUCUCUGUCUCGCUUCGCAUCUUUGUCUUCUUUAUUAUUUUUUUUUCCUGUUUUGUUCUUUAUCAUUAUUAUUUCCCCGCGUGUGUGCGAGACAGAGAAAUGUUUGCUGAAUUGCUGUGCGGCGCCGUGGCUCUGGUCCUGUAUGUCAACACUUUGGGCGCCGAUUUCUGCUACGAUGACAGCCGUGCAAUCAAGACCAAUCAAGACCUGCUUCCAGAGACCCCCUGGACAAAUAUCUUCUACGAUGACUUCUGGGGCACUUUACUCACGCACAGUGGCAGUCAUAAGUCUUACCGGCCCCUCUGCACCCUCUCCUUCCGCCUCAACCACGCUGUGGGAGAGCUGGAGCCCUGGGGUUACCACCUGGUUAACGUGGCCUUCCACGGAGCUGUGACGGGCCUCUUCACUUCACUGGCUCGCCUGCUGCUCGGAGGAGGCCUGUGGAGCCUGCUGGCCGGCCUCCUCUUCGCCUCCCACCCCAUUCACACUGAGGCGGUGGCGGGCAUCGUGGGCCGGGCUGACGAAGGCGCCGCUCUGUUCUUCUUGCUGUCCCUGCUGUGUUACAUACGUCACUGCACGCUGCGAGGCCACGCCGGUCCCUGGCGGCUCGUGGUCUGGUUCGUGGGCAGCCUGGGCUGCGCCGCCUGCAGCAUGCUGUGGAAGGAGCUCGGAGUGACCGUCCUGGCUGUAUCCGCGCUGUACGACGUCUGUGUUUUCCACAGGCUCAAAUUGCGACAGGUCAUCAUGCUCGUCUACAAGAGAAAGAACGUCCGCCUGCUGCUGAAUGUGUUUCUGCUGGCAGCCUGGGGAGUGGUCCUGUUAGCCUGCCGCUUCUACUGGAUGGGCAACAAACCGCCCAACUUCUCCAACUCCGACAACCCGGCAGCCGACUCCCCCUCGCUCCUCACCAGGACGCUAACCUUUUUCUACCUGCCUGCCAUCAACUUUUGGCUCCUCCUCUGCCCAGACACACUCAGCUUUGAUUGGUCAAUGGACGCCUUGCCUUUAAUCAGGAGCCUGGCUGAUUGGAGGAAUCUACAUACGGUUGUCUUCUACCUUGGACUGCUACUGCUGGCUUGGCUUGGCCUGUGGACGCAUCACAAAGCUAUGGGCAAAGACACAAAUGGCAAAGCGUAUCAUUACACCAAUGGCAAAAAUGGGAACAGUAACGGACACAGUUACCAAUAUAACAAUCAUGAACAUAUGAACAAUUCCCACACAGGCGCUCACAUUAGCAGUGCACAAAAUGGCACCAAAAAGCACUAUGAGAGCAGGACUCCACUGCCCACCACUGAAAAUGUUGUGGUGUUCUCUAUAGGCCUGUUGGCUAUCCCUUUCCUCCCUGCCACAAACCUGUUUUUCUAUGUUGGGUUUGUGAUAGCAGAGAGAGUACUGUACAUCCCCAGCAUGGGCUUUUGCCUACUGGUAGCAGUGGGGAUGAGGUCGCUGUACAUCAGACUGCAACGCAGGUCUUUCAGGACAAUGUUGGUGUACUGCAGCGCUGCUCUGGUUCUUCUCUUUGGUGUCAAAACUGUUUUGAGGAACCAGGACUGGCAGAAUGAGGAGAUGCUCUACAAGUCAGGGAUUUAUGUCAAUCCUGCUAAAGCAUGGGGCAACCUUGGAAAUGUCCUCAAGAGCCAAGGCAAGAUGGAGGAGGCUGAACAGGCAUACAGAAAUGCCCUCUAUUACCGCAGCAACAUGGCUGACAUGCUGUAUAACCUCGGUUUGCUGCUACAGGAGAGCAACAAGUUCUCAGAGGCACUCCACUACUAUAAGCUGGCCAUUGGGAGCCGGCCAACUCUGGCUUCGGCCUACUUGAACACAGGUAUCAUCUUGAUGAAUCAGGGUCGCCUUGAUGAAGCCAAGCGCACCUUCCUAACCUGCGCUGAUAUCCCAGAUGAGAACCUGAAGGACCCCCACGCCCACAAGAGCUCAGUCACCAGCUGCUUGUACAACCUGGGCAAGCUGCUACAUGAGCAGGGACAUCAGGAGGAGGCCCUCUCUGUGUUUAAAGAAGCAAUACAGAAAAUGCCAAGACAAUUUGCACCACAGAGCCUCUACAACAUGAUGGUUUUGCUCGCUGCGCCGCUCUCACGCUGUUUGUCAGACGCCGAGGAGCAGAAGCUUUCGUCAGAGGCAGACCUGGGUGGUAAUCUGCACCCUGCUGGUCUCGCUCCAACACUCUCUGGAGAGGCCUACAUGAGACUGAGCAAGCUGACUGAAGCUGAACACUGGUACCGAGAAUCCCUGCGAGCCAAGCCCGACCACAUCCCUGCACACCUCACCUAUGGCAAACUCCUGGCCAUGACGGGGCAGAAAACAGAAGCGGAGAGGUACUUCCUGAAGGCCAUCCAACUUGAUCCCACAAAAGGAAACUGUUACAUGCAUUAUGGUCAGUUUUUGUUGGAAGAGUCGCGGCUGCUGGAAGCGGCAGAGAUGGCAGAGAAAGCCGCGCGUCUCGACAGUGGGGAGUUUGAUGUGGUCUUCAGCGCAGCGCACAUGCUCAGACAAGCCAGCCUAAAUGAAGCAGCCGAGAAGUACUACGGACAAGCAGCAAGCCUGAGACCCAAUUAUCCUGCAGCUUUGAUGAACCUGGGGGCGAUCCUCCACCUCAACGGAAAGCUGCAAGAAGCUGAAGCCAAUUACCUCCGAGCGCUUCGACUGAAACCGGAUGACACCAUCACGCAGUCCAACUUGCGUAAGCUGUGGAACAUCAUGGAGAAACAGGGCCUGAGGACCACGAGCCCCUGAGCUCACCCAUCCCACCUACAGUACCUGCCAUCUGCACGCCAGACAUGGAGGAAAGGCCAGCCCACGCGCUCCUUAUUCGCUCUUCUCAUGCGGGAGAGAUGGAGGAGACUCAGGGAGGAUGUUUGCUCAGAGAGGCCAUGACUGUGCCGCACAGCCCGCCUAAUGACUCCUGAGCUCUGCAUACACCUCAGGCCAGCAGCUUUCCUCAGACGCAUUGCUCACAGUUUGGCCCACGCUACACAGUAUUUGGACUCCUUCGAACUUUCUUCAAAAUUAGUGCUCUCACAGGAACCAUGUUGUUUUUUCUUUUUUUUUUCUCCUUUCUUUUAUAACUAAAGCACUUGAAGUGAGACCAUAGGUACAUCCUUCAACAUUUGUGAUGGAUUAAGUUUCUUAAAUAAGCAACUGUAGUUCAAAUGGGUGAAAUUUGUCCUGGAGCAGUGGAAGAUAAAAUAUAGAAAAAAGAGAGUGAGCUCUCAGAGUGCUGCACUGAGGAUAUUUUCCAUCACCAUUUAAUAAAGUUUGUGGUUUGAUCUGAUGUUCCAUCUAGAUAAUGAAGGAAAUAAGAUAAUAUGAAGAACUGGACACUAUCCAAAAUCUCUAAAUUAAUGUAAAUCAAGUUUAUAUCAGUAAAAUCUCCAGUCUGUGUAUUUUUUUCACAUCCUCAGUGGGGUUUCUUUGCUCAUGAGAUUACACACACUUCAUAAUGAAGGUAUGAAAAUCAGCGCCACUAUUGUAAACCAUUUGUAGCAGAUGUCCUGACAUUUGGUGAAAACUUGAAAAAGGGAAUUUAAUUUGUUAGCCAUUACAGCACAACAAUAGCCUCUAAAAACUCCACGCAGGCUGGAUUUUGCCAAAUACAGCAUGUUUUGGCAAGAGGACUUGAAAAGCAAAGUGGGACUCUUUUCACAUUGUAAUGCCUUAUACUAAAAAGGUGUGAAUCUUCUUUAGCAGUGUGCAGAAGCAGGCAGGUGGCAUUUUUCACCACUGCUGCUUCUUGUAUUUCACUGUUAAAGAAGCCAUGUCACCAUGGUAACUCGUUUGCCGACAUUAAGAAGCUAUAAAUGGAAUUAUUAAGCUACCUUCCCAUGGAAGUCACAGACAGCAAAGAGGCAGGUACGGUAGUUUCUUGGUUCGCCGUGUCCCCACACACCUGCCGCUUUUACAGAGGAGCGUGUGCGGAGCUGAAAACAGAUGAAGGAGUUCUUUUAACCAAAUACUAAAGCUAUGCCGAUGCACACCUUUUCAUCACGGAACAAUGCAGAGACAUAGCACGUCUGAGGGAAAUGUUUUAAUGCCUAUGUUUGUCUUGGAAUAAAACUAAUUUCAUUGUGUUUGUAUAAAUGAAUCCUAAUAUAUACCUACAUUGUGUAUAUUAUACAGAAAAUCAUGCAGCAAAAAAGUAGCCAGACUUUAAGCAGAAGCUCAGAUACUGAGCAAGUUUGGUUCAUUACAUGAAGUAUUUCCCCAAUUUAUCAACCCUCUGUUCUUGGUCUCAUUUUGUAUAUAUUCUUUGUAAUUAACAUCUGUUUGUUUGUUGUCGUCAGCAUACAGUAAAUGAAAUGGCACCUUCCCAGAAGUAAGAAUAUGUGCAGUAUUUGUGAUCAUUUGUUUGUCAGUGUCCACAAACCACCUGAACUGUCUUUGUCCUUAGUUUAUUACAUUGUAAGUUAUUGCUUUGUGUUACCGUAGCAACAGAACCAGCUGGCACUGUGUUUUUACAUGUAAAAUGAAGGAGGUUUGCAGAUAUGGUGUAUACCUUUGUGGUCAUAACUGAGAAAAAAUAUCCAAAAAUAAAUAAAGUUGAGCGGCCCAUUAUAGGCAAAUACAGUAACACCUGCAAUGGAGGAUAAAACAUUGAAUAUAUGUCACUUGUUGCAGUCAUUAUGGUGUCAGCACUGUUGUGUUUUUGACUGUGAUGUUCACUAGUGAAAUGUUGAGUAAAAUUAUCACAGUUCACAUUCAUUCCUGCCCCACACCUCACAAAACCCCAUGUGCUAAUUUCUCCUGUGUAUAUAAAGUGUUUAUGAACAAACACUGAUAAUUGUUAUUGCUUGAGUGAAGAUUUAAGGAAAAAAAAAAAAAAGCAAUUCACUCUGUGUCUCUGCUCAGGGAUCUCAAGCGGUGGGUUAUUGCAGAAACUUGUUCACAGAGCGUUUACUAAAUUAAAGAUUUAUUUUUGAAAA